AUGAAAACUGAUAGCUCGCUCGAUAUAAAAACCGAAUCAUUCACAAUCCAAGCAUCAUUCAAAGUUCACUCGUCCAAGCAAGCAGUAAUCAACACAGCAGUCACCAUGAGAACUUUCACAAUCCUACUUCUCGUUUGCCUCAUUGGAGUCGCUUUCUGCGACCCACCCAGAGGAGGAAGAGGUGGUCGUGGUGGUGAAGGUGGAGAAGGUGGAGCAGGAGGAAACGGAGACGUUGCCGGCGAUGGUGGCCACGCUGGUCGUGGAGGCUCCGGUGGACGUGGAGGAAACGGAAAAUUAGCCGGUGACGGUGGUGACGCUGGAAACGGUGGUCUUGGUGGUGCCGGCGGUGACGGUAAUGACGCUGGUUGGGGUGGUGAUGGUGGCAAAGCUGGACGUGGUGGACGUGGAGGUGACGGCCAAGUAGCCGGUAAUGGUGGACGAGGUGGUCUUGGUGGCAAGGGAGGACGUGGUGGAUCUGCCUAG